GCACGCCGUCGGCCCCCGCCUUCCGCACAAGCCGUUCCGUCAUCCCGGCUCGCCGCGGCUGUAUUUACGUAAGCGGUCUCUUCUCCUCCUCUCGGCCGGCUUCACGAUGGCAGCCAUCAGGACCCUCAGGAAAAUGUGCCAACUCUCCCGCCAUCAAGCGUGUGAACUGCACACCACCUCCUCGAGACAGGAGGCGGUGAUCAUCUCGGGAAAGAAACUAGCCCGGCAGAUUCGAGAGGAGGCCCGGGCUGACGUGGAGAAAUGGGUUUCAGCCGGCCACCGGAGACCCCACCUGAGUGUGGUUCUGGUGGGAGAAAACCCAGCCAGUCACUCCUACGUCCUGAACAAGACACGAGCUGCAGCUGAUGUCGGAAUCUCUAGCGAGACGAUUCUCAAACAUUCAGCCAUCAGUGAGGAGGAGUUGUUGGACCUGAUCUACAAACUGAACACGGACCAUCGUGUGGACGGCCUGCUGGUCCAGCUGCCUCUGCCAGAUCACAUCGACGAGCGCGCCAUCUGCAACGCCGUGUCCCCGACCAAGGACGUGGACGGCUUCCACGUGGUGAACGUGGGUCGCAUGUGCCUGGACCAGUCCACCAUGCUCCCCGCCACCCCCUGGGGAGUCUGGGAAAUGAUCACUCGCACAGGGAUUCCCACUAUGGGGAAGAAUGUUGUGGUUGCGGGACGCUCCAAGAACGUGGGCAUGCCCAUCGCCAUGUUGCUGCAUACGGACGGCCGGCACGAGAGGCCCGGAGGCGAUGCCACGGUCACCAUUUCUCACCGCUACACUCCCAAGGAGCAACUUCGACAACACACAAAGAUCGCUGAUAUUAUUGUGGCUGCAGCAGGGAUCCCGAACCUCAUUACCGCCGACAUGAUUAAAGAGGGAGCCGCAGUGAUUGACGUUGGAAUAAACAGAGUGCAAGACCCCGUCACCGGGAAAAGCCGGCUGGUCGGAGAUGUGGACUUCGAAGGCGUCCGGCAGAAGGCGGGCUUCAUCACCCCCGUACCCGGAGGCGUGGGACCCAUGACCGUGGCAAUGCUCAUGAAGAACACAAUCAAAGCGGCGAAGAACGUUCUUCUAUAUCCCCAAGAGAGGAUCCGCAUGGCGGCUGUGUCCUAAUGUGCUGGAAAAAAGCGCCACAUUCCACCCCCUCAAACAACAACAACAACAACAACAACAACGCCGCCGCCUUUGCAUUUGUUACUUGGAGCAACCGGAUGAGCUCUCCUUGCACAUGGACCGGAAAGAUGAUCGCUUUUUGACUCUCUUGCUACUUGAACUUUCCCAACUUCAAGUUUUAGACUGUUACAUUCAAGCUGCAGCUGCGACUUUUAUGUUUCAGUAUUUAUGAUGCAAUGUAUUUCUCUCAAGAAACUAUUUUAUUUAUUGCUUCUUUGGCAUACUAUUGAAGCGUGGACCGGGACGUUUUUCAGCAUUCAUCUCUGAGCUGGUAAGCGGUUUAAACAAAGCAUCUGAGGCCGUUCUGUGUGGCUUCUUUCUUUUAGUUUAGCCGAGGGUACCAAGAGUGAAAAGGGCUUACACCAUCAGGAACAAAUGUUUGUCAAUAUAUAAGCUUUAAAGAUUCACAAUUGCCUUUGUAAAAACUUUGAAAUAAAUAUUGCAAAUAUGUUCUCACA